GGGAUGGAGGCGGGGCCGUGAUGGAUCCACCCCCGUGACGUGCGGCCGCCAUUCCCCGCACCGCCGGUGCAGCCAAUGGAGGGAGGGCGGGGGAGCGCCGCGCUGUGCCGUUACCGCUCCGACGGCGGAAGGUUUGGAAGAACGUCAUUCUAAGAUACUGAGAAAUCUGGACUUUUUAACAGUGUACUGCCUAAAGAAAUAUAAGGAAUUGAGAAUUGUAGCUUCCUUGCGUUUAAUUUUAUGGUAUUUAUACCUCUUAUUUUUUCUGUAACUCUGUAUCAAGAAACACCAUGAGUACAACUCCAAGAAAGCGCCGUGGAGGAUCAGCUAACUCUAGGCAAGCUCAGAAACGAAGCAGACUGAUAGCUUCUACCACAGAGAUGGCUUCAGAAGGAGAGCCAAUAGAACUGGAAGAAAGUGCUGGUGAAGAAGUAGUAGAUCUCACGUGUGAAUCUUCUGAUCCUGUAGUAGUUGAUCUAACUCACAAUGAUUCUGUUGUGAUCGUUGAAGAGAAUCGACAGCGGAGGAGAAAUCUCAGACUAAGAGGCCAGCGGCAGUCAGACAGCUGUGUGCUUAGUAGCGAUGAUGAAGAUGAAACGAGAGAUAAUGAUGUGUAUGUCACAGAUAAAGUGUCUCGAGAGCUGGGACCACUGGAGGAUGAAACUGCAAGCUCCAAGCCUUCUGGUACUGUUAGCUGCCCAAUUUGCAUGGAUGGCUACUCGGAGAUUGUGCAGAGUGGACGACUCAUUGUGUCAACCAAGUGCGGCCACGUCUUCUGUAGUCAGUGCCUCCGCGACUCUCUUAGGAACGCCAACUCCUGCCCAACCUGCAGGAAAAAACUCACUCAUAGACAAUACCAUCCGAUUUAUAUAUGAGUACUUACGUUUCUCAGGACAGAUUCAACUGGAUUUUGGGGAAUAAUGUCAUGUUUUCAAUGCUCUGAAGAUUUGAGGAGCUGCAGGUUGUGCACACGUCCAAAUAAAACUGAUUUUUUUGAGAAUAACUCAAGGAAAUAACUUUCCUUCUACUUUUUUAAUGCGUGAAUAAGAGGGGUUUGAAUAUUUUGUUAUUUCUUCUUCUUGAGAUUAUUCCCACCAUCGCGUACCGAUAUGGGAUAGUUACCUUCCAAAGUACAGAUGAACAGUUUGCCGUUCCAUUGCGCUUUGAUUUUUCUCCUAACAGAUGCUCGUUGUGUAUUUCUGCUAAAUCGCCUUUGCCCGAGUAGAAUAAGUUCUGUAAGAAUGGAUCGUUUCAUCAUUAACUGAAUUGUCAUCUGGGGGCAACGCAGUCAAUUAACCUGCUGUUAACCAGCAGUCAGGUGGGUUUUUAAGCAGACAGCUUGAAGGUGUAGAUGUUGUUAUGGACUCCAUGAGAUCUGUGGCCCAGUCAGCAGCGCGUGCACCGUGAGGAGACCGCCGGGGAUUCCUGUGUGUGAACCACAACGCUGCGUUUGGUUUCCAAUGUGAUGAGAUGCUCUCCUGGGUUUACUGCAGUCCUAUGGAGCUCUGUGGCUGAGGAGCAGGUAGUGUCCUCUAAGCUUCCUAGUGAUGAAUGAGAAGCAAAUUGUAUGCUUUGCUCUCGGCAGCUGAAUACCAAACUACCCAGGUAGAUCUUCUUACUGUAUCGAGUGUACCCAAUGCAAUGCUUCACAUUCACUGCGCUCACUUUGUUGCUCUCUUCAGUUGCUGUACUGACACACCUGACUGGUUUUAGCCUGAUGCGUAGGAUUAACAUUUAAAUAAUUGUAAUGCUACAAAUUGAGAGGGACGAAUAACUUUAUUGAAUCUCCUUGCUUUAAAGGCCGUGCAUCCUUUGUGGGUGUGAUGCUGAGAGACGUCAGGAGCCUGUCCUGGGGGGAGCUCUGUGUUUAACAGGGCAGGAAGGCGCAGGUUUGGGCACUAUUGUCUGGUCACAUCUUUUUUUGUUCCAGAGCAGAGUUAAAAAUGUCUGCCUUAAACCAGCGGAAAUCUGCAGGCUGAUGUUGGAUUCCAGAUGAGCAAACAGGAUAAUAACUGAGAUCAUUAAAAUCGGUGUGGUGUGCUCCACGUGUGCUGUAGCUGCAUCUGAGAAGGCUGAAGUUUGGUAUGUAAAAUAAAUCCCAAGUGAGACUGUCAGGUACCCGAAGUGUUGAUUAUAAGAAACCUUAGCAGUAGUACUGUGGGCUCUGGGCACCAUGUGGCUGUAGAUGCAUUCAGUUAGCAAUGGCUCUGAUGCUUCUUUGCUGACUUGUCCUAGGGAUCGGUAGGAAGCCUUUAAUUAAAGCAGCUCUUUUAAUUAGCCAUCUCAAGUUCUCGAUUGAAGAUUGCAUCCCAAGAGCCACGUUUCUUAUUAGGAUGUUGAGGGGCGUUACUGGGUGUAAUAAAGCAUCCCAAACUGCUUGGUAAAGGCCAGCUGCACAACAGCAAUACCUUCCUAUGUGUUCUGGGGAAGCUUGGCUUUGGUUCUGUUACCAGCACAAUGCAGGUCCUGCACUGUGGCAAUACUGUAAUACCAGGAAGUUACACAUCUCUCCUUCCUAUGGACCCAAAAGUGAAGGAACACAGCAGCCUUAUAGGGUGGGUAGCACAGCGAGGGCUGGAAGUUCUGCUCCAAAAAAGUUGAAAUGAUGCAACAGUCCUAAAGGUGACUUAAAAUAUGAAUGAAGAGAAGAAGCAGCCCAACAUUAAACUGUGAAAAUAUUUAAAGGUCGUGAAGGGGGAAGAAUUUGAGGGCAGUUUUCACUGGGUGGCUGCUGCGUCAGGAGGGUGGUACCGAGGGGAUGUAAUGGAUCACCUCCAGCUGGGGCUGCAUCACAUCCACGUGGCUGCCAUAGUUACAAGCUGGAGCCUGACGUGACUUUGCACAGCUCCCUCCGUGUAAAUACCACUGAACAGUUUGUGCUUCGGUAGCCCUGAUUGGAACCUAGAAACCCAAACAGUGAAAUAUUUAACAAGAAGGGGUUUUUUUUAGCUUCUGUGUACCCCGUGAAGUGCCACAGGUCUGUGCUUCUUAAACUUUGAGUUCUCAGUAUGUGGACAAAUGCUAACUUGCAUUUUCCUUGUUUAGUUAAAAGGAAAAGGAAACCCCGAUAUAUUUGCGUUCCGGUGAUGUUUCACGUUGGCAAGAGCCAAUAGAUAAUAUAAAGACUUUUUCCAUUCUGUAAAUGUAUGUCUCGUUGUAUAUAGUUCAAUUUCUCCUGUAUUUAAUUGUAUUCAUGUCUGUAUGUCACAUCUAUGUUGGACUCUGCUGGUAAACAAACAGCUCUUUCAACAGGUGGAAAUAAAAACGAAUUUGCUCAA